AUGAACGGUCCUCAGAAUGGCCUCAGCAGCCGUCGUGAGGAGAUGAACAUUGCUGCUACAAUCUCUCAACCCUUGACCCUCCAACAAGCUCUUCCAUACUCUCCGCAGACCUCGACGGUCCCUUUCAUUCCUUACAUCAUCCCAGAUCCUUCGAUCGGCUCCGGUUCACCCGCCGAACCUGUUUCCGGGUUAUUUCCUCGACAAGAGUUUGACAAUCUGAACGAGGCAGCGGCUGGGACGGACCAGCAGUCGAAGAAUAUCAAGCAGGCUGUCGACUUUGUGCUCCACGACAUGAAACCCGCACAGCGCACACAGUACGAUUUCCGACCUGUUCCGCACGGCCGGGUGAAAUCGACGCGCAAAAAACCUGUCGCAAAUGGCCUUACGCCUGUAACGCAAGCUGUCCACGAUCGAGUUGAGACAUACUUCAAGGCUAGUAAGAGCGUCAAGGCUGAUAAAGCUGUGAACGGCUCUACACCAUCGCACAACCGCAAGCUGUCAAAUGAUCUGGACAAGGUUCCUAAAAAGACUCCCGACAAGGUCGGCAAGAGUACUUUGGAGAAGAGUUCACCCAUCGCUAGCAAAAAUGCUGCCACACACAACGCCGAGGCUGCUCAGUCGAGCUCGAUGAAAGUCGAGAUCGAUCUCACAGCCUCGAGAAAUUUCGACCCGUCUGGCUAUGAAGAUUUCGACUCUUUCGUGCAACCUGUGAACACGAAUCCAGCAUCCUCGAAGAAAACGUCAUCGGCGCCACCAGCAGAAGCUGAUGAGAUUACCGUUGCCUCCCCAGAGCCGGCGGGAGGCCUGCGCAUCGAGUUUCCAACGAUGAGUGGGCGAGAAGAGUACGCAGACAUAAUGGUUGCUCCUGAUGCGCCCAGCAACUUGUCGGCGCGUCGUUAUGGCAAUGGUCAAGAAGGACAAGAUCUCAUUGGUUCUAGCCUUGACCAGCGCCAGCGUGGGGAAGCUGCGCUUGACGCCCUCGAGUCCCAGCUUCGCACUAUCUUUUCAGCUGUUGGGCAUGCAUUUGCAAUGGAACCGGGUUACGAUCAUAUUGUCAGGUUGAUGCCAGAUCAAGAAGUUGCAAUGACUGCUGGGGUCCACCAGAAAUUGCACGGCGCACUACAAAAAGCUAUUGACUUGCGCACCUUCGACAGAGUCGCUCUGGAAAACCUGCUUCAAAUCAUCAAGCUUAGUGAAACUAGCCUCAAGUACAUGGAUAUUAUCGAUAUUCACAUUGACGAAAAGUGGGACGAGGCGGCUGUGGAUUCUUGGGUUGCCCAGCUUGCAGACGUGGAAACAGCGAUGAAGGCUGCGCGAACAUGUCUCCGAAUCUUGUCCGGUGGCCGAGAGGACAAGCAAUUAUACGCGGAAGCUAUGAUUCUCAGAUGCGUCAACCUAUGCAAGUCUGUUACGGAGGAUAUUGUUAUGCCUCUUGUGGAACUUGGAAGCAGCGGCACUGGGGCAGCCAUUUUUAAGCUCAUGUUCAAGCACAAAAAGACACUGUCCACUGUCUUUGUUACGUGCCAAAAGCUGUUUGCGUUGAUGGGUGAGCUGAUUGCUAGGAUCGAGCUUUCCGAGACUGCAAUCAAUACCUUGGAGUACACGGCCUCGAAACUGAUCUUCGUCGAGAAUGCACAUGUUGAGCGCGAGUCGGUUGUCGGGGUACAAAAGUUCGAUGGUAUUCGCUCAGUGGCUAUGGAUAUUCUCUGCCAAAUUUUUGUCAAUAAGCCUGAACAGCGGCAGGGCAUUAUUGAUGACAUUCUCACCUCGCUGGAGAAGCUCCCUGUCGGCAAGCAGAGCUCGAAGCAGUUCAAAUUGGCUGAUGGUGGCAGCAUUCAACCUGUGUCUGCCCUCAUUAUGCGGCUAGUACAGUCUAGUUCCGGAAAAGUCGACCAAAGUAGCGAGGGACGCCGAGCUGCGCUGCUAAGAGACUUGGAUGGAGAUGCCGAUAGCACACCCACCGACACUGCUGAACCGAUUUCAAGACAAGGACAAGCCGUGUCAUCCUUGACGAGCGAGGAACAUGCUUCGCAGCAACAUGCAAUUGCGAUACAAGAACUGGACACAUUAUCUAGUCCCUUGUAUGAUACAGCAUCGCGGAACGCCUCUUAUGUUAUCAACUUUAUCGUGAAGAGGGCUAUUGGCUCUACCAAAUCGGGAGACACGCCGUAUCGCAACCUCUUGGAUUUAUUUGUUGACGACUUCACUGUAUGCCUCGACUCACCUGAUUGGCCCUGCGCUGAGCUUCUUUUGCGCCUCCUGAUGUUGCGCAUGGUGCAGUUGUUUGAAGGUCAAAGAACGGCUGUUCCGGCCAAAAACAUGGCGCUGGAGCUGCUCGGCUCCAUGAGUGCGGCAAUCUCGCGUUUGCGCUCGCACGUCAAACGCACUGCCACUAAUUUUGAAGGUGCCGAUGCAGACGAAAUGGCACGCUAUCUAGCUGAUCUUGCUAUCCAUGUGCUAGAGCAAAAGAGUCAACCGGAAUAUUUGGUGGCGUGGGCAGGGCCAUUUCGUGCCGUACUCGAGUACUUGCAGAGCCGCAGUACGGAGGAUCAGCACCUGGCCAGUGCCGUAGCAUUUGUUAUCACGGACUGGGCAAAUAGGACUUAUAUCGCAUAUGAUUCGAUCAAAGACGAAGAAAUUGAGCGAGACAGCGAGCUCGGGCGUCUCGCUUAUCGACUGCGGAAGAUGGUUGCUGAUCGCAAAUGGCUUGCUAGUGAAUACAGAUUCAAAGCAAUAAGCGCCAACCAAGCGAAACUCGCAUUUGCCAUUAUUCUAUUACGGUCGCCACUUUGCGAGUCUUUUGGCAAAAUCCUCAAUAUUCUGCUUGGCUCGAUGGCAAGUGACCAAGCGACUGUCCGAAGCAAGAGCCUCAAGAGCAUCAACCAAGUUCUGGAGACAGAUCCCUCGAUCCUGGAUGGAGACUCCAGCGUCAUUCAACUAAUUCUGGAAUGCUCUAGUGACUCUUCGACUCAGGUCAGGGACUCUGCUCUGGGAUUGCUUGGCAGCUGUAUCACGAUGCGCUCGGCUCUUGAAUCAUCGUUAACGCCCAAAAUUAUUGACCGCUUCCAAGAUGCGGGCGUCGGUGUACGAAAACGUGCUAUGAAGUUGGCCCGAGACAUUUAUUUGCGCAACAGGAACAAGGGCCUACGUUGCGCUAUUGCGAAUGGCCUGCUUCGACGUGUCCAAGACCCAGACGAAGGUGUACGAGAUCUAGCUCGUCAAAUGAUCGAAGAGGUGUGGUUUGCUCCAUUCUACUCGAACGACGGAACAGCUGCCUACCAGACCGCCAUCACAGAGCAUGUGGCCCUCAUCAUUCAAACUGUGAAAACAGGAACAGCCACUGAGGUCCUCGAUAAGGUCUUCCACGCCAUUCUUCGGCCAAACAACAAGUCACUGGAGGGCCCAUUUUCAGUCUGCUCUAAGUUGGUCAGCGACAUGUUCGGGCUUCUCGACAACCCGGAUUCGGAAGACUCAUCAGGAGCGUCCGGCAGAGAUGCGCUUCAAGUUCUGACCAUCUUUGCUAAUGCGGACCCGAAGCUGUUUAAUUUUGAGCAAAUCCGUCUCUUGAAGCCGCAGCUAGCGAGCUUUGCCGGGCAAGAAGAGCUCGCUGCAUUCCGUGCUGUCACAGUCAUUUACAAGAGGGUACUCCCACAACUCUCUACUGUACACUCGCAAUUUCUGGGGGAAGUGCGCAAGCAACUGCUUCAAGGUGUUGGAAAAAUCUCUUCGAGAGGCGCGCUUGACGAUCUCAUUGCCUGCGCCAAGGUCGUUUGCGACUUGCUCAACGACUUCAGCCCAAUGGCUAACCUGGUUGCCUCCAGCUUGGUCGGCAUCCAGAAAAUUGCGGCUGCACCACUAGACCCAAAGCGCCUCAAUAUUCUUUGCGCGUACGCGAUCAUCGUCGGCAACGUGGCGAAACACUGUGACUUGGAUCAACAAAUAGAAAUUUUCAAGGCCAAAUUCCAAAAGUGGCAGGGCGACUCAGUGCCGCGCUUGAUUGUGGAUAUUGUUUCCCCGUUUACCAAUCCUAAGCAACCGCUUGAGGCACGAAAGGCAGCACUUGAAGCGAUUGGGCUAGUUUGCCAGUCCUGGCCGCGAAAUUAUGUGCUUGCAAAGGUCUACACAGCAUUUCAGCAAGUGUUCCUGGAUCAGAUACCCAUUCUGGAAAACAUGAUCCUUCGAUCCUUCAAAGAGUUUCUCAUGGGAGAAGAGCGGCGAUCGGAGGCUUCUUCUCAAGCUGCCGCGGCUGGCGGCAAACGAGAACUCACAAUUAUGGGCGGCACCAAUUUCGACGAUGUUGCUAGCGCCACAACGCAACGGUUUAUCAAAGAUUUCACCCGUAUAGCGCUAUCCAGCCAGGAUGAAUUCGCAUUCCUGGCGAUGGAGGUUCUGGGUAGUAUCAAUCGCCAAGGUUUAACGCAUCCCAAGGAAACGGGACUGACUUUGAUCACGCUGGAGACAUCUGCCAACAAGAAGAUUGCAGAAUUAGCGUUUUCGGAACAUAGAUCGCUGCAUGAGAAGCACGAGACGGUGUUGGAGCGAGAGUACACUAAAGCAGUGCAAUUGGUGUUCAACUACCAGCGCGAUAUCGUCAAAGACAUCCACGGUGCUACGACAGACCCGUUUCAAGCCAAGCUGCACCUGCUGAUGGAGGUUCUGAAAAUCAGCAAGAUGAAGAAUAAGCAAAGGUUUAUGGAGAAGCUUUGCUACCUGGUCAACUUUGAUCUCAACAAACUUGAUGCCAAGAGUGGCAUCCCGCAGCAUGUUGCCUUUGCUCGGUUCGUGGUGGAUAACCUUGUCUUUUUCGAGUACCAGACCAUGGGUGAAGUGCACACAGUGGUGAAGAGUCUGGAGAAGAUUGUUAGCACAACUGGAGCUACUGUUGCCCAAGCCAUCGAGUCAGAGAUCUUCAACAUGCGCAUGGACAUGGAUGCACCGAAUGGGACGGAAGAAGCCUCGGGCGACGCGGAAGGAGAGCCAGCAGAAAUUGCAGAGGCGCCAGUGGUGGGUGCGGAUGUCGAACCCGCACGCUCCCGCCAGCUAGCAUCGGCGUCGGUGAUAUUGCUCAUGCUAUGGGAGGCUCGGACGUAUCUACGAAAGCUGUACAACAUGGGAACGGGCCGACACGACAGCAAGGCAAAACUUCUGACCAAGGAUCUCAACAAGUCGCCGACGAAGGUGCAAGGUGUGCACGGGGACAAGAUCUGGGAAGAGCUGGCGGCUCAGGAGACCGGAUACGAUACGUUGCAAGGCAUGGUCAACAAGUGCAAGGCGUUGAUUGAGUUGAUGAGCGUGGACAAGGAAUUCAAGGUUGUGGAAGACGACGAGCAGGCGGACAUGGAUGGGGCGGGAUCUGCAAGUGAAGGCGGGGAGGAUGACGGAGAGGGGGGUGACAGAGGACGGAAGAGGAAAGGAGGGUCUACCCCUGGAGGACGAAAGAAGCGUCCUCGAUCGGACUCUCAGCCACGCAAGCGAGGGCGGCCACGUCUGUCAAGUAUAGAGGCAGACGACGACGAAGGUGAUGGGUCAUGGCUUUAG